ACGACAGCUGCACACUUCCUUUCACACCGGCGCUCUGUCGGGAUUUUCACCGUGAAAGGAGCGGUGGGUGAAAAAGACCCAUAAAGUGACACACCAUCCACGGUAAGACGAGAUUGAACCCUGUACAGACUUGGUGAAAGAUAGUGUUUAGAGCUAAUUCGCAGUGAGUCCUGAGGAGGUUUGUUCGGACACGUAACAGUUAGCUUAGCAGCGUUAGCGCGGCCACCUGGUAGAAGGACUAGCAUUAGCUUUAGCAUCUGUGAAGAGCGUCAGAGCUGAGUCACAGUAACACGAGUUUACUGAUGAAAACUGAAGCACCAGUCUUAGAAAUCAAGGGAAAUGAUCACCAGCAUCUCCUAAUAAAAUGCUGAAGUCUUAUUCCAUCCCGGUAGCAUGUUAUAGAGAUGAUAAAUGUCGCUAAGGUUGAAAGAUCAUCCUAUUAUUGAUCAACAGAUCAAUUUAAGAUCUUUAGGUGUUGUCAGGUACACAGUCCGGAAGUUGAUUUCUACUUCUUGUAUGGUAGGGGGUCAGUGAUGACUAGCCCACUGCGCAAGCUGAUCAGUGCAUAUUAAGGUGCAUUGCUGGAGAUAUCAGUGCUGCUGUUUGGCUGAGACCCUGAAUGUCAGUUUAUGAUCAUAUGGUUCAGGUCAAUCUGGAUUCUAGCCUUUCUUUCUGUCAUUGAUAUAUCUCAUAUCUUUCAUCUCUCAUUUCAGGUCAUGGCAAAGUUCCACGCUCCUGUGAUCCAGGACAACCCGUCCGGCUGGGGUCCAUGUGCGGUCCCAGAGAAGUUCAAAGACAUGCCGUACCAGCCCUUCAGCAAAGGAGACCGUCUGGGAAAGGUUUGAUCAAUCACAUUUCACGUGUACAUAGAUCUAAGCUGGAUUUCUUCUGUUCAUUUAUCAUACUUUAUUAAAUUUUAAUUCUGAGUUUUCUCUUUGACAGGUUGCUGACUGGACCGGUGCCACUUAUCAAGACAAGCGAUACACAAGUGAGUGAGACAGAUGUCCACCCAGAGACACCUUCACCUUUAACCUUCCUCCUGUGUUAGCUUUUACUACACACCCACCAUGUUAAGGGUCGGUUUUGACCCGUGUCUUAAAUCAGUUGCAAAUCACACCAAAAACAAUUCUCUAUCAUCCAAUUUGGUUCUCAUUGGGUUCAAUUUUGCUUACAGUAGUUUUUGUUGUGGGUCUCUGGGCUUUUCUUUGUCAGUAUACCCCUCAUACAGACAUCUAUACUGAACUGAUCUCAUAUGUCUGGACAUGUCUGAUGUUGUUUUUGUGCAGGGAAAAACAGGCAAAAAGGGAAUUUCCUAAAUCUCAUAUGAUUGGAAGAGGAGCUGACUGUCACUGUGGUGCCUAGCAGUGCACUUAUAAUUUCAGUUUUUGCUCUAAUUAUUAGAUAUUGAUCUAAUGGGGUCAACAGCAACUCUAACACGUCAAGUGCCAUAAUUUUAAUAAGAGAAUUUUAUAAAUUAGUCAAUUCAAUUUUUUUUUAUUUUGUUGAAAUAGAGGUUCCUGACAAAGUCAAAAAGUCUAAUGUAAGUGGCUCUUUUUGACAUUUAGAAUAAAAAAAUGGGUCGGUGCAGACCCUAACACAGGAGGAGGAUUAAUAAAAUUGUUUUUUUUUUAAUGUAUUUCAAGUGUCGCUCACAGGCACAGAUAUUUUCUAUUUCUGUCAAAGUAAAAUUGGGGAAAGAAGUAAGAUUGUGGCUGUCUAAAUUUAAACAUAGAAACACUUUCACUGUGAGAUUGAAAUAAAGGCAAAUAGACUUCUCUUAAUUUCCCUGAAAAACCAUCUAAUGUGUGGAUGAAACAUCCUAUUAUAAUCUUAACAUAUGAGAUAACAGUCUCUGUAAAAGAUGCAAACACAAAGCCAAAAUAAAUACUGUUAAGUGUAUUGAUCCACUUCUGCAGACCUAAACAUUUGUGCUUCCAUAAUUCUGAGAUUAAAACACUUGAAAUCAUUUUAAAUCUCUUUCUUUGAUGUUUGAGAAAAGCAAAUUGAAGUGUGAAGCUGAUUUUCUGUAUUUUGCCAUCAGAUAAGUAUUCAUCUCAGUUUGGGGGAGGGAGUCAGUACGCGUACUUCCACGAGGAGGAUGAGACGAGCUUCCAGCUGGUGGACACGGCCAAGACGCAGAAGACGGCUUAUCAGAGGAACCGCAUGAGGUUUGCGCAGGUAAUUAAAAAGUAGAAAACAGAUUGACUCCUUAAGAUGCAGCUGAUGUGGUUUGGUCUGAACUUGCUCUCUUAACAUGAUGCUGUGUGUUUGAACAGAGGAAUCUGAGACGGGACAAAGACCGCAGAAACCUGACUCAGUUCAACAUGCAGACACUUCCCAAGAGCGCCAAGCAGAAGGAGAGGUGAGGUUUAUACUUUUAACAGAUCAUACUGCGCUUUCCAUGUCUUGUUUUUAGAUGAGAAAAGUAGCAGCAUGGGAUCAGAUUUGCAGAUUUCAUAUCAAGGCAGACUUGUCGGGAAAACUUCAGCUGAACUCCAGCUGCUUUUGUCUCCUCAGGGAUCGAAUGCGGCUGCAGAAGAAGUUCCAGAAGCAGUUUGGAGUACGCCAGAAGUGGGACCAGAAAUCUCAGGUACUAAUCCUGUACAUUAAUUGAUAAAGUGAUAAAUGACUGGAUAUUGUAGACAAAAAAUUUCAUAAAGAGAAGCAUUUUCAUAAAAAAAAAAACUAGUUUUCAUUUGAAAGAAUAAAAAUUGAUUGUAAACAACAGCAACAUUUGGAAAUGUUUCUUCGUAAUCCUGAGCUUGAUUUGUGAUUAUCAAGGCUCAGCUGAAGCCAAGGGACUCAUCAGUGGAGGUUAGGAGCGACUGGGAGGUGAAGGAGGAGAUGGACUUCCCCCGCCUGAUGAAGAUGAGAUACAUGGAGGUGGCUGACCCUGUCGACAUGUGAGUCAAGUUGGGUCAAUAAAUCUGUCCCAGAGAAAAAAAGAUGACAGUCAUGUUGAGUCCGUCUUUCCUCCUGCAGAGAGUGCUGCGGCGCCCUGGAGUAUUACGAUAAGGCCUUUGACCGCAUCACCACCCGCAAUGAGAAGCAGCUCAAGAGCAUCAAGAGGAUCUUCCACACUGUCACCACCACCGACGACCCCGUUAUCCGCAAGGUCUCACACACUAACAGAUGUUUCUCAUAUACAAUGAAGUGCUCCCCGAAAACAGAGACAGCUGUUCCUUACAGAGGUGUGCCUUUAAAACAGAAGCUGUUCAUCUGUGUCUCUACAGCUGGCCAAGACUCAAGGCAACGUGUUUGCCACUGACGCCAUCCUGGCCACUCUGAUGUGCUGCACACGCUCAGUCAACUCUUGGGACAUCAUCGUGCAGAGAGUCGGAAACAAGUUGUUCUUCGACAAGAGAGACAACUCUGACUUUGGUGAGACUACAAGAAUAUUUUACCGACAGAGACCUGUCAAUACAGACUAUUAUACAGCAGGGUUAGUCUCCUGACGCUAAGACUAGAUUGAUCAGGAGUCCUUCUCUGAAGUGUUGACACAUAUUUAAGGCUAAAGUUUUCUUUCCAUCCUGUCAACAUCUGUUACUGUUCUGUCUUACUUUAUCAAUGAAGAAUAGAAGUUUGUUGAACUUCUGUCACUUGUGUAACCUCAGAUCUUCUCACUGUGAGCGAAACGGCUAACGAGCCACCCCAGGAUGAGGGCAACUCCUUCAACUCUCCCCGCAACUUGGCGAUGGAGGCAACCUACAUCAACCACAACUUCAGCCAGCAGUGUUUACGCAUGGUAAGAGUGCACCCCUCCAUGCAACCAGUCUGAUCCAGCUGAGCCAGCUCCCCUCAUUUCUUGUCUUUCUUCAAAGCUAAGCUAACCAGCUUUGUGAUGUAGCAAGUGGUUUCAGCUUCCUUUUAAAUAUCUCUGCUAUAAAACUUCACGACUCUGAGUGAAUUCCCGACACAUCCUGUAUAUAUUUAUUCAAGAGCGUAUUUGUCACAUUGUGUUUCCAGGGCGGAGAUCGCCACAAGUUCCCAAACCCAAACCCGUUUGUGGAGGAGGAUAUGGACAAGAGUGAGGUGGCGUCUGUGGCCUACAGGUCAGACAUUUAACACAGCUGCAGAGUUUAAAGACACCUCAGAUACAAAAUAUCCAGGAACUCUAAUAAAUCCUGCUCCUCCUGAAGUGUGAGCAUGAACUGUUAGGAACCUGAAACCCUCUGAAGCUGCAGUAACAUCAGUUAUCUCUGCUGAUAAGUCAUAAUCACACAAUGUAAUAACAGCUUCCUCUCAGUUUGACGGAUGUUUUUAAUCUUCAGGUAUCGUCACUGGAAGCUUGGGGAGGACAUCGAUCUGAUCGUCCGCUGUGAGCAUGAUGGCGUGAUGACCGGCGCCAAUGGAGAGGUUUCCUUCGUCAACGUGAAGACGCUGAACGAGUGGGACUCCAGGGUGAGAAGAGAGGAGAGGGGAAAUGGCUUUUAACACCGCUUAUAUGAGGAGAUUAUAAUUUGCACAAGAGAUAUUACCAAGGCCUCUAACACAAUAAUAUGUUUUCAAUUUGUUUUUGUUCACGUAGUCUAGAUUAGAAAAACCUGAUUAUCUGUGAUUAGAUUAGAAUAACUCCUUGGUUCCUGUGGGGGAAAUUUGUCAUGAGUAAGGGUGCUAAACGGACCAACGAUUGGUGUUACAUAAAGUCAAUUGUAUUAUUUCGAUACUUUUUGAAAAUAGAGAGUCCAAAAUUCAAUUCCAAGGGCAAAGUAACAACAAUUUUCAAACACACAUUAAUAAAAGUCUUUGAAGAAGAAAAGAUGGUCAGUAGAUUUAAAUAUAUCAUCCAAGAAUGUCCACUGAGAGUUUUUUUUUUUAAUUUACUAUCAAGCUGAACUUGACUUCUUGUUGGUUUAUCAGACACCUACACCUACUUAAACUGGUCAAGGUCUUAAAUGAGUUCUCACCUGCAGCUGUUUCUGGUCCGUACCCUAUGCUAAUUCUUAGCUCAGCUCUUGAUACACUUAACCCAAAUGUCUAAAUCAGCUGGAGGAGUUAGUAAUGAGGCGCUGGGCUGGUUCACCUCCUAUCUGUCAAAUUUCUGCGGUUUAUUUUUAUUUCCCUCAUAUUCACUGUUUACAUCUUUCCCUGGGAACAAACCCUACAUAACUGCUGAGCCUGGGUUCUGUGCUCCGUCUUAGUCUUGCACUGUAUUAUAACGGGUUGUCUUUGUGUUUCUGAUCAGUAUUGUAACGGGGUGGACUGGCGUCAGAAGCUGGACUCUCAGAGAGGAGCCGUCCUGGCCACUGAGCUGAAAAAUAACAGCUACAAGCUGGCCCGCUGGACUUGUUGCGCCAUGCUAGCUGGAUCGGAGUACCUGAAACUGGGGUAAGGAAUACCCACGACACACAGACAAACCAACGGCCUAAACAUGAGGUCAAACUGCUAGGUGGGGCCUACAUUCAAAGGAAAUUAUCCUAAAAUUUCACAGUUUGUCAAAGCCAGAGCUCAGACUUCUCGGAUGAUUUGUGAGUACAACAAACACCACAUCAAGACUUUUUUUGUACUCAUGAUCACUCUUUGUUCUUCAGGUAUGUGUCUCGGUAUCACGUGAAGGACUCGGCUCGUCACGUCAUCCUUGGCACCCAGCAGUUCAAACCCAACGAGUUCGCCAGCCAGAUCAACCUGAGCAUGGAGAACGCUUGGGGAAUCCUCCGCUGCGUCAUCGACAUCUGUCGCAAGCUGGACGAGGGGAAGUACCUGAUCCUGAAGGACCCCAACAAGGUGAGCUGAGCGUGGUCCUGUUCACGCUCUGAGGGGGAGGAGUCAGAAAAAACUCUUCAAGAAGAACUUGACACUGAAGGAUUCAUGUCUUUUAAAUUUUAUUCAUUCAUUAUCUUAACAGCAAGUGAUCCGGGUGUACAGCCUGCCUGAUGGAACCUUCAGCUCCGAUGAAGAAGAGGAGGAAGAAGAAGAUGAAGAGGAUGAGGAGGAUGAAGGUGAGGUUAAAUUGUUUCAGCUACUUUUAAAGCACAAGCACUUGGUUUAAUAAAAAGGGAAAUGUAUAGUGUGAGGUUCAGCCUCUGGAACUCUGAUAGCCCUUUCAGACAUAAACAAGGUUCCUGAAAUAAAAACGUCCUUAAAUUCUUGUUGUUUUGGCUAGUUAUGUACAGCACUUUGUACAGCUGUGGUUGUUUUAAAGUGCUUAACAAAUAAAGUUGAGUUGAGUUGAGUUGAGUUAAAUUCCCCUGUGAGUGAGCUCUAUGUGUGGUCACAGCCGAGUUCUUCACUCGGAAUAUAUCCCGCUGGCACCCUGGUAGCGGAUUUACAGACACGUCUUUAGGGAUUGAGAGGGAAGCAGAAAUAAAUAGAAUAAGAUUGAAAGUAAAUUAAAACAUAUGAACUCGUUAAAUAAAAGCAUCAAUGGUUUAAUCUUGAAUUGGAUUUUAAAACAUUAUGUGAUGACUACCAGAACAUUUAUGUGACAUCACGAUCAGCCUCCUAAAGGCAGGUUGUGAAGAGUAGAUGAGAGGGUUAUGGGUAGAGAAUUUUCUGAAGCCUUAAGCAGCUCUGAGUCAGUCUGUUUAUGAAACAAUAAGUCACACAUUACUCUGCCCGUGUGUAAGUGUCCUCACUGAAAGUUCACACUGAGCUGUAAGUUGUGAGUUAAAAAUCAGGGUUUUCCAACUGAAAAGGUGACCCAUAAAUAAUCGAUAUACACAGAUGAAUAUUUUGGAAGAAGGGAUUCAUCAGUUUGUCAUUCAAUAAUUUAAGCAGUAAACACUUCAGUCUGUAUGUCACUAGAAAUCGUGUUUCUGUGUUGAUCUUGUUUCUUUGUUUUCCUUCCAGAUGAAGAGAAUUAAAGUCUGAAACUCCAGAGACCAAACCAGCCUUCGCCAUCCUUCAAGAAAAAUCAGUUUACUUCAUUUGAAAUUUAAUAAAGAGCACCGAUUGGCUGAAAGACUUAAUGUUUUUGUCAUUUUCUUCAAACUAACACAGUGCAAAGACAUUCUGAUGAUAAAUCAAGAUAAUGCAGGACAAUCAUCCGACUGCUACAAUGUGACUGACAUCUGUGAUUUAAUGGCUACAGCCAGCAGGGGCAGCUGGGGUCAAGGGUCUUACCGAAGGACACUUUAGCACAUGGACAGCUCUGGACAAUCAUCACUGAAAAAAUAUUUACGAAUUUGGUCUUAGCAGCAAACUUUAAACGCCUCCAGGCAGUUUGUCGCCUUUUUUAUUCCCACAUGAACUUAAGAGGCAGAUCCCCCAGUUUCUCCCUAAGCAGCUGAUCCACUCUCUCACUCUGAGCCGCUGUAAAGGUGUUCUUCCAGUCUACGAUCUUACCUGGAUUAAAAGAAAUCAUGAAAAAGAG